AUGGCACCAAAAGUGGCAAAAAGUGCGUCGUUGGCGCUCAUUUUGCGUGGAAUGGGCUCAAAACCGCCUCUGAAAUUUCAUUCGGGGCUUAUUUCCGAUGUCUACAUCCGCACACACUCGCCAAACCAUCUCAAAGACCUUUUGGCUGCAAAUUACCUCGAAAAUGUCCUUUGGCGUUUUUUUCACCCAGACGUAUCGAAUUCACAUUUAGAGCUUCUCUUGGAAAUCAUCUCUUAUGAGUUUGAGACUCUGGGUCAGACUCUGGGGCUAGAUCUCAUACAGAAGAAGCCUGAAAUGGCCCAACAAUUGAUGCUGCGGGUUCUAGUAUCGACCAUAAAUACAAAUGAAUCUUCCAGUAAGUUAGAGGCGAAAAUGCUCAUUUUUUUGCGUGUACUUCUUGCUAAACAGCCGGAUUUGCUAGUGAAGAACCCAAUAUACUCGAAAUGGAGGGACUCACUCCUACUGAGAUACACUGCAAUCGAAAUGAGCGAAAACUAUGAACUCAUUCAAUGCUUUUUGAUGUUCUGUAUGUCUUGUGUCCAGUCACAGACUGAACUUGGCGCUCUUAUCAGAUCAUACGUUUUCCCAGCAUACUACUACAAAGCAGACAAUGGGCCCGUCAGAUGGUUGGCCCAGAUUCUACUCUUUGCUACUAUUGAAAAUUCAGAUGAGAGGUUCACUCAAUUGCAGAUUUACUUGGCCCAGAAUGAUCUAGGAGAUAAGCUCCGGUCAGUAUCCGACGCCCCUCUGAGCUUAGACAUCGACCCCGAAAGGCUAAUGGGCGAAGUCAAAUCUUUUCAAGAUUCGGAAAGAGCACAAAUUGCUGCUCAUCUAGGCUAUUCUGGACCCGAAAAGCAAACAAUGCUUGCCCAAAUAAUUUCAUGUCUCAUACUAGGAAGCGCUGUAAGUUGGCAGGAACUCCAAAACAUUGAAUUGUCGAAUGAAGAGACUGUAUUUGACAUUUUCGAGCCCAAUACCUUGGUUUCGUUCUUGCCUGCCCCCUUGAUGCCAUUUCAAUAUCUGCCCAAAACCCUCAUAUAUUACCAAAUCGAGAGCACACGCUUAUUAUCUUCGCGAAAAAAUAUCCACGAUCUUGCGAUAUCUGCACUUUCCAGACUUGAAAUCACGGAUCCAUCAGUCGCCCUGGGUAUUAAAGGCUCAAGUAAGUACUUCUCAAGGAUCGACGCAGUAAAUGGGAAAGGGUGCCUCGCAACCAUCACAGGCGUGAAUAACGAGUUCCGCUCCACACUCUUGAAAGAUCAUUACGUCUUGCUCUUAGAAUUGCAAAAGCCCAACAAGUACGGAGGACUGAGACGGAUGGCGAAAUUCGGUGUUGUGUCUUGUCGAAUCGCAAGAGUUACAAAGUUGGAUUCGCUGCUUGAGAUUUACCGCACUGAGCCCGAGAUGGACCACAGAUUCAACUCGAUAAUCAAUCUAUCCUCGCUCAACUUUCAACACACGCCUUACAGGGAUGGCCAAGUUCCUGAUAUCUUCGAUUACUUCGGCUCUCCACCAGCAAAAUCACCCAAAAAAGAAUCGAUGUCCAUUGAAAGUACUCUACAGAUUUUGCUUGAUAAGCCAAUCUCCAAAUUGCAAUCAUUUCCAACCUACCAAGUUACACAGCUCAUCUCAAGGCUUCUCUCAACCGAAAAAUUACUGAACUCAGAUGGCUAUGUUCUUGUGGUCCUUCCAUCGAAAACUGCUGUUGAUUUAUUUCCUUUAAAUCCUGCUUUUGCUGCCUCCACCUUCAAAUACGAUUCCGACAAUGAGAGUUUAGCGAGAGCAAGAGCGAUGAUCAAGGAGAGCCUAUGUCAAGUCUCUAUUUUGGCAGACCAUCUUGGUCUCCAGGAGUACGACUUUGCGGGCUCUAUUCGAAAUGCUUUCAUGUUGUACGAGACUCAAAUCCAGCCCAAGUGGAAGGAGUAUCUCACAUCAAUAUCAGAAGAGCUGUACGACCACUAUCCGUUCGAAGCGCUAAAGUGCAAAUCGUUUGCAGAAUAUAAAUCCGCAUUGUCAGAGCAUUAUGCGGGGAUUUGCAACUUGUUUGCCAAUCUUCUGGAACUAGCGUACUUCGACAAACUGAGCAUGGGCGCAUCGGACCAGACCACGAUUGGAAAGCUCAACGAGGCCCUUAUUGAGAAAGCACACUUGUUAAUAUGUUCGAAUGAAGAUAUUGAAAGGGUACCGCCGGGAGCUCACACAAUUAUCAUAGAUGAUAUAACCUACCUCCCAGAACCAACUGCCGACCUUAAACGAUUAAUUGUGACCGGAAACACUAACAUGAGCUUCAAGAAUGUGAUAGAUUUUACACUGAUAGAAUUGGAUCAUACUGUUGAACCAAUAACAACCAAAGCAAACCCGGCAAACGCUGGAUUUGCGCACAAUUGUCAGAGAGUAAAAGUCGCGCCAUCAGACCAACAAGCAAACGUCGAGGAGGCAUCUAUGUGCCUUCAAAUCUACAGAUUUAUGCAAUGUCUUGAGUACCCAAGACGGAAGAUACUGAUUGUGUGUAGCAGUCCAUACAUGAAACUUCUUAUUCGAGAGCUCUUUGAGGAGCAGACGGAUGACUUCGAAAUGCCCAUAGUCCAAAUGGCGGCCGAUCUCUACACAAGCGACUUCAUGAUUGUCUCUACACAUGGCAACUUUAGUACUGCCGACUACGAGCAGGCCGUCGAGUGCUGUAAGGACGGAUUAUACUUUGUUGGCGCCGAGAGCGCGGAGCCGUUUAAGAUACCGUCAGGAAAACUCGAGAUAUUUCCAAACGAACUCUACGAGCAAACCACUGAGCGUGACCCUAAGUCACCGUUGAGGAUCAAUGAUUCGAAACAACUUCUGAAGGUCAACAACGAUAUCCUCAAGAGCCAGAGGCAGUGA